CACACCGCUAAGUCGAGUUGUCUCUUUCCCCCUCCCAAAUGUGCGACCCUUCUUCUUUCUUCCUCAGACAAAUACCCUGACGCUGACAAUCUCAAUCUCGAACAGUUGAGCGCACGUAGCAUGGCGUCCGACGGUCGCAAACAGCCGCCAUGGAUCCCCCCCCAAGCCCGACCCGACGCCCAGCUGCCCCGACUGAAGAUCUACAACAGCCUGACGAGGAGCAAGGAUGACUUUGUCCCAGUCGAUCCGACAGGAAGGAUGGUGACGUGGUACGCCUGUGGCCCAACAGUGUACGAAGAUGCCCAUCUGGGCCAUGCCAAGAAUUACGUCUCGACCGACAUUAUCCGCCGCAUCAUGAAGGACUACUUCGGCUUCCGUGUCAAGUUCGUUAUGAAUACGACCGAUAUCGACGACAAGAUCAUCCUCCAGGGCCGCCAGCAGUACCUGCUCGCGCGCUUCAAGCAGGAGCAUGCCACUGAGGACGACUCGGUGAGCGAUUCGAUUUUGGCAGAGGCCAAAGCCGCAUUCCGGCACUACAUUGGCAAGAACCUUCCGUCUCUGCCCUCGGAUACGAGCCCAGAGACUUUUCCCGAGGCAGCGGACAAGGCAUAUAAGGAAAAGGCCGAGCCUUCACCUCUGGCCGACGCCGCGACAGCAAAACAGGGCCAACAGGGCCAAGCUGUUACUGUCGCCGAUUUGCUGUUGAAAGCACACAUUGGAACGGCACGGUCGGCUGUCGAGGCCCUGCAAGCCCCAGGAAAGCUACCUGAAUUUUUCACCAAGACGGACGAUAUUUUGCUCCCAUAUCUCGAUGCCUUGCAUGGUGCAGAGAUGGACUCCAAUAACCACAAGAUAUACCUGGAGCUGACCCAGAAAUUCGAACGCCGCUUCUUCGAGGACAUGAAUGCGCUUAAUGUCCUGGCUCCCGACCAACUCACUCGUGUGACCGAGUAUGUCCCUCAGAUUGUCCGCUUCGUUGAGAAGAUUGUGGCGAACGGUUUCGGUUACGCUACCCCUGAGGGCUCCGUAUAUUUUGAUAUCGACUCGUUUGAGAAGGCUGGGCACAGCUACUCCCGGCUGGAACCAUGGAACAAGAACGACCCUGCCCUCCAAGCCGAUGGUGAAGGUUCACUGUCCAAGGGAAGGUCAAUGAAGCGGAGCGAGAAUCAUUUUGCGCUGUGGAAAGCUAGCAAGCCAGGCGAGCCAGCAUGGCCGAGUCCAUGGGGUCAUGGGCGGCCAGGAUGGCAUAUUGAAUGCUCUGCAAUGGCCUCCGAAGUGAUCGGCAAGACGAUAGAUAUCCAUUCCGGAGGCGUCGAUCUUCGUUUCCCUCAUCAUGAUAACGAACUCGCACAAUCGGAAGCUUACUGGUCGACUCCGGGCUGCCAAGUACAGUGGACAAAUUACUUCAUUCACAUGGGGCAACUAAGGAUUCGAGGCUUGAAGAUGAGCAAGAGCCUUAAGAACUAUACGACCAUCAGAACUGUUCUCUCCCAAAAGGAGUGGAGUGCACGUUCUCUCCGAAUUUGCUUCCUCCUUAUGCCUUGGCAGGAUGGUAUUGAGGUAACAGACGAGCUUAUGAAGGCCGUAGUCAGCUGGGAAGGCAAGCUCAAUAACUUCUUUCUAAAGAGCUUGGACCUCUGGAAACAUUCCAGUGCCGGGACUACAACAAUGCAAGAGCUUGGCAUGGCAGACCAGCAAUUAUUAAGCGCCCUGGAUAAGGCGAAAGCCGAUGUUGACACAGCUCUUUGCGAUUCCUUCAACACCUCAGCUGUCAUGAGAAUCCUCUCUGAUCUUGUUACCGAGUCUAACUCGGCAGAGGCACUCUCAGAUCAGACAGUCAUCUUGCUCGCCCGGUGGGUAACACGCAUUGUCACCAUAUUUGGUCUUGAUCCCGAGGGAGAUCUCAGCAACCUGGUCCGUAUAGGGUGGUCGGGCCUCGAUAUUCCCGCGCCAGCAAAACCCUAUAUCUACCCCGCAUCUCAAUUGCGCGACAAGGUCCGAACCUUGGCAUAUUCCGGCUCGGUCGAUCAUACAGCUAUAGCGAAGCUCGCUGACGGAAUUACGAUCGCGGCGUCAACACCAGUGGUCGAGUCCUCCAAACCAUACGAUCAGGUGCUGCAGCAGUUCCGCACCAACGUCAAGGCCCUCGCGGCCCAGCAAGCGCCGGCAAAAGACCUUCUCGCCUUAUGCGACCAGCUCCGCGAUGUACACCUCUGGAACCUAGGCAUCUAUCUCGAGGACCGCAACAACCCCCAGCCUGCUUUGGUACGACCCCUCGAUAAGUUGCUCAUAGAGGCGCGCGCGGAGCGGGAAUCAGCUGGCACUGCGAAGGCGAAGGCUAAGCUGGAACAGGAGGCCAGGAAGGCUGAGAGGGAGAAGGAGCUGCGCGAGCGCGCCAAGGUCGACCCCCUGUUGAUGUUCAGGACCUCGGACGAGUACUUGGAAUGGGACGAAAGCGGCAUCCCGACCGUGGACGCAGCGGGGAAUGUGGUGUCCAAGAAUAGGCGCAAGAAGCUAGUCAAAGAGUGGGAGAAACAGAAGAAGAGGCACGAUGAAUGGCUGCCGACGCAGCAGGCAGCAUAGAAAAGGGGACUCGGAAAAUGGUAGUGCCUACUUUGGUGGACAAUCCCCUUUUACCAGUGUCUCCAUUCUUAGGUUAAGGUGACCCACAACGUUGAA